AUGGAGGUCGCUCGUACCUCCAUGAUCCAUGCGGCUGCCCCCCAUUUUGUGUGGCCGUUUGCGGUCCGGUACGCCGCGCAUCAGCUCAACCUCUGGCCCCGUGUCUCCUUGCCCGAGACCUCGCCCACACUGCUGUGGACGGGGAAGGUUGGCGAUGCGUCGCGUUUCCGGGUCUGGGGUGCUCGUGCCUUUGUCCGCGAUACCACCGCGGACAAGCUCUCCGCCCGCGCUGUUCCAUGUGUCUUCCUUGGCUUUGUCCUUGACGCGCCUGGUUGGCAGUUUUACCACCCCAGCUCGCGCCGUGUCUUUGCGUCUCAGGACGUCACGUUCGACGAGUCGGUUCCCUUUUACCGUCACUUCCCCUACCGCACUGCCUCGCUCCCCCCCCCCGCCGCUCUUCCUCGCUCCAGGUGCUCCCCAGGUCCUACUGAGGGUGGUCCUGCUCGGGGUGCUACUUCUGUGGGUGCUGAGCCUGGGGGUGCGGAGCCUGGGGGUGCUGAGCCUGGGGGUACUGAGCCUGAGGGUGCGGAGCUUGAGGGUGUGGAGCUUGGUGGUGCUGAGCCUGAGUGUGAGGGGUCUGGGGGUGCUGAGCUUGGCUGUACUGACGCUGGAGGUUCUGGAGCUACUGAGGGUGCUGGCGCUGGAGGUUCGGGAGCUGUUGGAGGGCCUAGUACUGGUGGCGCUGGAGCUGGAGGUUCUGGAGCUGCUGAGGGUGCUCGCGCUGGAGGUUCUGGAGCCGUUGGAGCUACUGGCGCUGUGGGUACUGACACCGGAGGUUCUGGAGCCGUUGGGGGUGCGGGCGCUGAGGGUUCUGAGUCUGCUGUUGCGCGGUCUCCUUGGAGUAGCCGCCUUCGUCCACGUGUGCCUCUCACCUCACAGCAGCUGCAAGACUGGAGUGGUGCUGGUCCUUUGUCUACUGGAGGUGCUGGAGUCGCUGGCUCCGAAGGUGCUCGUACUGGAGGUACUGGAGCUGCUGGGGCUGGGGGUGCUGCGUCUGGAGGUGCUGCUGCUGGAGACACUGAGACUGGAGACCCUGGGACUGGAGGUGCUGGUUCUGGGGGUGCUGCUGCUGGAGACACUGAGGUUGGAGACCCUGGGACUGGAGGUGUCGGUUCUGGGACUGGAGCUUCUAAAGCUGCUGGAGGUGCUGGAGCUGCUGGAGGUACUGGAGCUGCUGGAGCUGCCGGUACUGGUACAGCUGCGCCGACACGCCUGUUCUUCGCUCCGCCGUCUCCAUCGUCUCUGCCGCCGUCUGACUCUGUUCUUCGUCAGGUUCUUAUUCUCCCGUCGUCUACUGGUCUUCCGUUACAGCCUGGCUCACCGCUACCUGCUCCUUCUCCCUACACUGAGCAGACUGGUAGUCCUGCUGAGCGUCACACUGUUGUCACUGACCCGUCGUUUGAGUCUACUGCUGUGUCUGCUCUUGUCGCUGAGCUUGUUAACUUUGCUGCUGCCUGUCGUCUAGACAUCGCUGCCAGUCUUGUUGCUGAGUCUGAGUCCGUCUGUCCUCCGUCCGUCGAGGGUGAUUGUGCUCUUAGCACGGACGUCCUUGAGAAAAGGCACGAGGACCUUGAGUGUCUUGCAGCCGCUGUGCCUCAUCUCAUGGCCAUGCUGCUUGCCCCUGAGGGAGACCCAGAUGCACCAGACAUCCCGACCCCGCGCUCUUACGCUGAGGCGAUCGCGGGUGAGUACUCCUCUCAGUGGCAGACAGCCAUGGACGCAGAGAUGGCAUCCUGGAAGUCCACAGGCACUUACGUCGAUAAGGUUCCCCCUCCUGGGGCGAACAUCGUCGAUGGCAUGUGGAUUUUCAGGGUGAAGCGGCCGCCGGGUUCUCCGCCUGUCUUCAAGGCUCGUUACGUUGCUAGAGGCUUCAGUCAGCGAGAGGGAGUUGACUUCUUCCAGACCUUCUCCCCACCCCGAAGAUGA